AUGGCAGUAGCAGCACAACCAUCGAUUCAGAAUAGUUUAGCUGAUACAGUAGGUCAAUUUAAUGGUGGUUAUUAUAAAAUAGAUCAUCGUGACACAAACGCACUUCUUUCGGUAACAUUACAACCGAAUGCUCCAUUUUAUGCACAACCUGGAGCAAUGGUCGCUAUGAGUCCAGAAAUAACACUUAAAGGAAAAUUUAAAUUUUCAUUUAAAAAAAUGUUUACUGGUGGAGAUAUGGCUCAAUCAACAUUUACUGGUCCUGGAGAAGUAUUACUUGCACCACCUAUUUGGGGUGAUAUUGUUCCUAUUCAUUUAGAUGGUCAAACUCAAUGGAAUGUAGGCAAAGGAGGUUAUUUAGCUAUGACUCAUGGUGUUGUUAAAGAUACGAAAUCUCAAGGAUUGGGUAAAGCAUUAUUUUCUGGUGAAGGUCUCUUUGUUCACCGUUUAUCAGGCGUUGGAAUCGUUUUUGUUACAUCACUUGGUGCAAUUAUACAACGUCAAUUAAGACAAGGUGAACAAUGGAUUGUUGAUAAUGGACAUUUAGUUGCAUGGACCUGUUCAUAUGCUAUUGAAAGAACUGGUGGUGGAUUAAUUAGUGGAAUGCAUGCAGGUGAAGGACUUGUUUGUCGAUUUACUGGUCCUGGAAUAGUUUAUAUUCAAACAAGAAAUCCAGAAGCCUUAUCAGAAUGGAUACAAAGUCAUGUACAAACAUCGAGCAGUUAA